CUGAAAUUGAAAGCUUCUCUGUGUCGACGACUAAGCGACUGGGAUUGUGACAAGGACUUCCAAAACACAUAUCAAACUAUGGCUGAUCAUGAUUAUCAACUUGCAUACUUAUUCUUACCCUAUCUGUCAAAUAUCGCCACACGAUGUUCUCAGCUGUCGACUUGGCUCCCCAAUCGUACGAUCGAAGUGCUCAAAACGCAAACACGAACACCCGUAAAAUUUGUCAAUAUGCUGCGACUAUUACUGCGAACAACGGAUUUUUCAACAUCACUGCGGUCUCUUAUUAUACCCUUAUUACAUGACUUUGGCGAAUGGAACGCCUCUACAAAAGUCUUCCAAACCAACUGUUGGCAACUCUAUCUGAUCAGUAUUGAAGCCGGUAUCUGUGGAUGGUAUCAAGUCAUGCAUAGUAUAUUGCGUGAUUUGAGUAAAUCGGUAAGAGGACAAGAAGUGAAAAAAAAACAAGAUAAAAAUUUCUGA